AGUGGGCUGGUGGAUGUGAGUUAGACGAUGGAGAGCUCAAACCUGUCAGGUAUCACCGUCACUGUCAAACAAGAACCAGUGGAACCUCACAACCAGCAGGAAAAUGAGAGAGGAUGUCCGGUAUUACUGCCAAUCAACCUGUGUCAUGUUCACCACCAGGUCAAUUAGACACCCAGACAGGAAGGACCAGUGUUGGAGAUGGUCAUGGCUUUGGUUCUUCAACAGAGGAACAGAACUCACAGGAUUCCUGUGCAGGUGUCCAGCUUCAUGCACCAGCUCUGAACUCUAGGAGGACUCCUCCAGAUUGGAUCCCUUGUGAGCCACCAUAUGGGGAACGGGAAGCACCAGGUGCAAGCACUACAAUGAUGCAAGAAUCACAGGUUGCUCUUCAGGACCUUGAUGGUCCUUCGACACAAGAGACUGAAGAGAACAUGGUUUCAAAUACCUGUGAAAAGACGCCUGACCAAAAGCCAUGGAUAAUUGAAAAUAAAGGAAAACAUAUUUUAAUGCCACAGCGGGAAAAGCAUUCUGGUGGAAUCAAGUCGAUUUCCCACAAAACCAGGGUUUCCAUUUUUCAUCCAGAAGAUCUUUUGAGCAGAGAUGGGAAAAAGGCAAGUGCUCUGGAAAGAAGAUAUUUCUAUGGAUCACAGGCUUCUGAUACUAAUCACCUGAUGAAAGAUGGUCUGGGUGCAAGACAGUUUCAAAGCCAACAUGUAUCUGAUGCAAAUCCAAGAUCUCCAGCCAAUGACAUGGUUCAAGUAAAUGGCAGGGAGAGUUUGGAUGUAAAACCCUCUACUAAGGGUGUGACUAUGAUUCGUGAAUCGGGAAUUGCUGUUCACUGUCAAGUAGAUCUUGUAUCCAAAGAGAACAAAGAGACAAAUGCGUUGGAAGGAACAUCUUGCCAACGGCCACAGAACCAUUGCGCAUCAGCAAUGGCGUCACUGAAUGAAGAAGAACAACUCUCGCAGUGCAAGAUAUGCCUCAAAUCUUCCAUACAUUUAAAAUCACACAUGAAGGUUCACACGUCAGAGCGACCAUUCAAAUGCAGUGUCUGCGACAAGGGCUUUAUCGAAAGACGCCACCUUAAAAGCCACAUGCGUAGCCAUACGGGUGAGAAGCCAUUCGCAUGCUCCGUCUGCCAGAAAGCGUUCAGCCAACCGACCCACCUGACUUAUCACCUCCGCACCCACACCGGGAUCAAGCCUUUUUCUUGCGAGACCUGCGGGAGGAGCUUCGGUCGUAAAAGAGACCUGACAGUUCACAUGCGAAUUCAUACAGGUGAACGUCCAUUCGCCUGCAAGCUGUGCGACAAAACCUGCAGUACACAAAGAAGCCUCACCCUCCACAUGCGUGGUCAUACCGGGGAGAGACCCUACAGCUGCACUGUAUGUCCCAAGACUUACACAUCGAAGAGUAACCUCAUCAAGCAUGUACGCAUGCAUACAGGCGAGAAGCCGUACCAAUGCUGGGUAUGUCACAAGGAGUUCCGCGCAGGCUCGGAUCUGACUUAUCACCUCCGCACCCACACCGGGAUCAGGCCCUUUUCUUGCGAGACCUGCGGGAAAAGCUUCAGUCGAAAAGGAGACAUGACAGUUCACAUGCGAAUUCAUACAGGUGAAAGUGCAUUCGCCUGCAAGCUGUGCGACAAAACCUGUAGUACACAAAGAAAUCUCACUGUCCAUAUGCGUGUCCAUACCGGGGAGAGGCCUUACAGCUGCACGUUAUGUCGCAAGACGUACAGAUGGAAGAGUGACCUCACCAAGCAUGUACACAUGCAUACAGGCGAGAAGCCAUACAAGUGUGGGGUAUGUCUGAAAGAAUACAGCUCAGACAGAUAUCUUCCUAAACAUGUCUGCGCUCCAAAGACUACCAGUAUGGCUACUGAUUAGCAAGGACACGAUCAUCAAUGUUGAGAGCCGAAAGAGUGUACAUAACUCUUUAAUUUAAAACAGAUUUCAUGCACUCUCUGUUCUCAACAGGCAAUAUCCCUGAUUAGGGGCGAAACAAAAAAUACAUCUACAAUUCUACAUGUACAUGUAUGUUUGUAGAAGCUCUUUCUUGGCGUGCUGUAUUGAAAUUAGUUUCUCUUUUGCAAAUUUGUUGUAUUCUUCUUUGUUUAUUUGUUUGUAACUUUGUUCUUUAUAUCAGAGCUCCUUUUUGGAAUUACCAGAGCUAUUUCGGAGCUUCCCAGAGUUGAAUUGGUCAUUGAUCGUAUAUAUAUUUGUUUCCUUUCCUGAGCAGUAUUAGUAUGUUGCCUAUUGUAGAGCCAGAAGGGCUUUAACUCAAAACACAAACAGUGUCAUGCCCUUCUGUUGCUCAAUAGGUGAUAUUUAUAUUUCCUAGGAACUCAUAUUAUCAGGUAAAGUGCAAUAUUGUGCUUUGAGUAAUAUUUAAAGAAGGACAUUCACAACAUUUGUAUUGCUUUUUUUCAGUACCGGUGUAUAGUUUUUCUUCUGAACAUGCACACUGUACAUGUGCCGGUUUAUCAAACAGAAAUUAUUGAAUUCAAGAAACUCGUAGGAGUAAUUUUGUUUUUGAAGUAGAUUAUGGUACAGUACAUUGUAAUUCUUAAUUCAUGUGUAAUUUUGUUUU